AUGUUGCCUCGGCGCCUGGACUGUUUCCUUGACUGGUUGCCCGCGUCUGCCGCCUGUCACAGCCUGUCACGGUGUGUCCCUGCUGUGCCCACCAUCACGCUUGCUCCCGGGGCUGCCUCCGGCCAAGCCACGCUGUGCUCUUCUCAAUCAGUGGAUUACAACCCGGUUACUGGCCGGCCUGCACCCCGGAGCAGCCAGUCAGCUAUGCGGCUACUGUUCGUGGCUUUCCUGCUGGCCUCUCUGCGGCUCCUGUCAACACCGGCUCCGUCCAUGACGCUUCGUUACACGUCCUCACAGCUCAUCAGACUCAACCACCGCGCACCUCCUUCACUGGACAUCACCUCAACUCUGCAACAACACUGUCUUGUCCGCCGUCGCCCCUACAUCCACCGAGGGUCCCAGCCACAGGAUCAGGUCUCAGACAGAGGAGGAAGGGGGAAGGAGGAGGAGGAGGAGGAGGAGGAGGAGGGAAGCGAGGGAGAGGAGACAAGAGAGGGAGAGGUGGAGAUGUGGGAAAGGAGGAGGAAAAAGGGGUGGAGGAUGGAGAGAAAGAGGGUGUGGAGGAGGAUGAGGGAGAGGAAGCAAGAGAAGGAGGUGAGGAGUGAGGGGGGAAGAGGGUUGGAGAAGGAAGAGAAGGCAGAGGAGGACGAGUAG